AUGGACGAAAGAAACUGCGAGGUUGCUAUGGACGGCCACCAAGCUGUUCACACCAGAGAUGAAACAAGCAGCAGCGAGGAAUUAGACACGGGAAGGGAGCAGCACAAGAAAGGGGACAUUCCAUGCGAGGAAACGUGCGGGGUAGAAUCUGACCAUCCUCCCGCACAGGUUGAGCAGACGGACAGGCUUGCGGUGAAACGUGCUGUGGAUAAACGCUUUGCUUGCACGGAAUGUGACUAUAGGCCAGCCAAAAAGGUUAAACUAUCGAGACACACAAGAAAACAUACUGGCGAGAAACCUUAUAAGUGCGACAUUUGCGACUAUUCUGCUGCAAAGAAAGACAAUUUAGAGUCACACAUGGACAAGCACAGCAGCGAAAAACCCUUCAUGUGUGUGGAGUGCGGAUACAGAACUUCUCACAAGUCUCACCUAACCGCACAUAUGAGAACGCAUACAGGCGAGAAACCUUACAAGUGUGACCAGUGCGACUAUUCCAGAGGAAACUUAGACCGACACAUGGCUAAACACACCGGAGAAAAACGCUACAUCUGCGGAGAGUGUGGAUAUAGGUCGGCUGACAGGUCUGCGUUAAAAUCACAUAUGGUUAAACAUACAGGUGUGAAACCCUAUACAUGUGACUAUUGCGACUAUUCUGCUGCAAGGAAAUUUCAUUUGGAUCGACACAUGGCUAAACACACUGGCGAAAAGCCCUUCAUGUGUGGAAAGUGCGGAUAUAGGGCUGCUGACUUGUCUUACUUAACCCCCCAAGCCAUUUGA